AUGUCAUUUGGUGUUAGAAGGUUCAGCAAACGUGUGGUUCGCACCAGCGCCAGAAGUGAUGAUAUAUUAUCCGAAGAAGCGUGGCUUGAUUUAGAUAUUGGCGAGUACCAUGUGGUGAAUGACCCAUUGGUAUUGAGUUCUAGUAGCGACGACGAUGAAAUGGAACAGGAGGACCCCACUAGAAGGAUCGAACGCUGGAUGAGCACGAAUGCAGUGGUACGAAUGCAAACUCCCGAUAUUGCUUCUGUUGAUGACGAUUACUACCAAGAUUAUAGCUCUAAUAGUUCGGAUGCCGUUUGUCUAGUGGUGCCGUACCUUUCGGAGAAACUCUCUUGUUUGACGGAAUACCAGUUGAGAUGGGUUCACGAUUUUGUCGCGGAAAUGUUACCGCUGCUACCCAGGAAAUCCGUGUCUCCUGUGUCAUCUGUCUCGACAUCUUCCUCAUCGUCUGAGAUCUCUUUUAAAUCGUCCAGAAACGAAAAGUACAGAUUGCCAAGGGUUAUAGUCUGA